AUGCCGACAAAUGGUGUUGGAGAGCUGAUAUCAGACAACCAAGGUAAAAGCGAAAUUCUUUAUGACGCUUUCUUUCCCCCUCCAGGCAUGACCGCGACUCCACCAAUCGAUGUCACCUACCCACCUCCUGCAUUCCUCUUCACUCCACCAACAGAUGCCCAAAUAGAAGCUGUAGUUAAACGGCUCAAAGACUUCAGGGCGCUGAGUCCGGACAAGACCCCGAAUGAGGUAUACAAGCGGUGCAUCGACAUCUUACUCCCUUACUUAGGACCACUAUUCCGAGCGACCUUCUCUUUGAAGAUAUACCCCAGCAGUUGGAAGAUCUCUGACACAGUCGUGCUCCGCAAGCCAGGUCGGCCUGACUACAUGGCAGCAAAAGCAUACAGACCCAUCGCUCUCCUAAACUGUGUUGGCAAGAUUCUUUCCGCCUGUGUCACAGAGACACUGGUACACGAAGCAGAGUUGAAUGACUUACUAGCAAACGGACACAUUGGAGGCAGACCAGGCCAUACCACUACGGAUUCCCUACACCUUCUGGUAAAGACAGUGAAAGAUGCAUGGCGCCAUCAUAAAGUUGCAUCUAUCCUUUUCCUGGACAUUAAAGCAGCUUUUCUGAGUGCUCUCCCAGAACGUCUUCUCCACAAUAUGCGCAUGCAAGGGGUCCCAGUGGAGAUUGUAGACUGGAUCCGGCAUCGCCUAGAAGGAUGCCACACCCACUUAAUUUUUGAUGACUUCACCUCAGCUAUCUUCGAGAUUCUCAGUGGCAUAGAUCAAGGCUGCCCCCUCUCCGUCAUCCUGUACCAGUUCUACAAUUCGGACCUACUGGACUCAGCCAAGCUCACACUCGCACUGGGACACAUUGAUGAUGUGGCCCUCAUAGCGACAGGUUCGAAUUUCGAAGAAACACAUGACAACCUACGGCAUUGUAUGGAUCACUCGGACGGAGCCAUGAUGUGGUCAGCAGACCACCAAUCUGAAUUCUCGCUAGACAAAUUCGGCCUGCUGAACCUCUCAGCGAGGCUUCCAUCACUAGGCCCAGCCCUCCAGUUACGUUCCUGCACAGUACAGCCCACAUCAACAUACAAGUUUCUCGGUGUUCUUCUCGAUCACCACCUUUACUUCCGCAAACACACAGCAUACGCGCUCACUAAAGGUAUGACGUGGGUACAGCAGUUCCGCCGCCUCGCCAAGGCAAAGUCAGGCAUCCCCUACUCAUACAUGCGAUGCCUGUUCAUCAGUGUCACUGUACCCCGCAUGCUGUAUGCAGCGGAUGUCUUUCUAACACCCAUGCGCACCCUUCCCAGACAGUUGAAGACACACAGAUCUGUAUUAGCGAUCAAGUCUCUCGCUCGCGUUCAGCGACAAGCAGCUCUGCUCAUCACGGGAGCACUUUCAUCCACAGCCACAGACACUCUCAAUGCACAUGCCUCCCUUCUUCUGUUCCACCUUCUCGUUGACAAGGUCUGCCACAGAGCGGCUGCCCGACUCUGCACUCUUCCCCCGUCACACCCCCUACACGACCAAGUCGCACGAGCUAGCACCCACUAUGUCAAGAGCCACUGCUCCCCCCUACAUGAGCUCCUCCAUGCAUACCAGAUCUUCCCAGGGAACAUGGAGAAGAUACAGCCAGUUGCUCCCAGCAAAGCAGAGGCAUUAGACAGCGAGUUGAAAUGGGCUGAUGCAGGAGGGAUCCGAGUAUACACCGACGGAUCAGACAUUGAUGCGGGAGUUGGAGCCUCUGCGGUCCUAUACUGUCCUGGGUCCAGCACUGUCAAGGUACUUAGAUACCAUCUGGGCCCAUCGUCAGAGCACUCGGUCUACAAGGCCGAAGUAGUCGGCCUUGUCCUGGCCAUCCACUUAUUGAAACGGGAAAUCAGUGUACAGUCGGCCUCCUGUGCUGCCAACAACAAAGCAUCCAUCCUCGCUACGAAGCUGCAAAAACCAGCACCAGGCCACUACCUGAUCGACAUGCUCCAUCAUGACGUUAACGCACUCUACCGCACGCAUGCCAUCGAUCACUGCAACCUAACCUUCCAUUGGGUACCAGGUCACAAGGACGUCGAAGGAAAUGAACGAGCAGACAAGGAAGCCAAAGUGGCCACGCGAGGCAACUCCAGUCCAUGA